AUGGGCCAAAGCAUCUCAGGGAUUUUAAGCUUUUUUGGCGGCGGGUCGAAACAAGACCCUUCGCAUGCCGACGAUGAUGAGGAUGUUCCAGAAGCUUCCCGAAGAUACAAGAAGUUCAGAAAGCAUGAGGAGUUGUUUGCUACUUCCAUUCUCGACAGCUGGGUGGCUCCGGAGUUGCUGGAGAUUGUCCGAGCUUGCAAGUCUGGAUUCAAUUGCGAGCCCCGUGAAAUCUGUCCACAUCUCCGCGAGGAGGUGGCGGGUGUGUACUCGUUCCCCUGCUUCACGAAAGACUUCAUCUCUUGCUUCAACGAGGAGAUUGCCAGCUUCUACUCAUCCGGCAUCCCAGCGCGGCGCCCGAAUUCCAUGAACAACUAUGGUGUCAUCGUGAACGAGAUCGGAAUGCGACCAAUGAUCACAGAGUUCCAGCAAAAGUAUAUUUGGCCAGUUGCCAAAGUGUUGUUUCCCGAGCAGGCAUCGCAGUUCGAUGACCACCACUCCUUCAUUGUGCGAUAUACUGCUUCUGAAGAUUUGGGUUUGGACAUGCACACCGACGACUCUGACGUUACCUUCAACGUUUGCUUAGGCCAUGAAUUUACUGGAGCUACGUUGACAUUCUGCGGCUACAUGGGUGCACCUGAUCACCGUAAGGCCUCCCACGUUUACUCUCACGAGGUGGGGAGGGCAGUGUUGCAUUUGGGCAGUCGACGGCACGGGGCUGAUGACAUCGCCUCUGGCACACGGAUGAAUUUGAUAAUUUGGUCCCACAAUAAGGCAUGGCGGCGGAUGCACAAACUUCGACUGAGCGAAGACUACGAGAAAGAGGAAGGGCCACCAGAUCCGGUCUGUCUGAGCUACACCCAUGAUCGGGACUACCUGGCCUUCAAGAAGAAGCCGGUUGGACGGGCGGCGGGGCGCAAUCGUGCCUGGUGUCCUCCGAAAGGCAUGGAGUACGAGGGCUUCGGCGACAAAGACAAGGAUGAAGACAUCCUUUGA